UCCAUCAUGCAAAAGAAGAAGAAAUACGAAAGUGCCAUCGCGAAAAGUAGCCGCUCGCUUCUUGGGUGUAGUAAUAUUGUACAAAAAACUUGUUGAUUUUUCUUUAUUAUAACAAAAUAAUUGGCAAAUAACACAAACUCACACAUACAAUUAAUAAUAAUGUUUUAUUCUUAUCAGUGCUAAAUUUGUUUUUAAACAAACGACUACAGUGAUUUUGUGUAAAAAAUAUCUAAACAAACGAUAAGAAUCGGUCGGCAUUUCUUUUAUGCAAAAUUUGUGCAGAUUGUAGGACAAGAAAAAUAUCGUGAAAAUAAUGUCCUCCUCCUAUAACCGCAAUACAGAAUUGCGAAAUGUCCACACUAAAGAUUUAUACAAUUUGGCUGUUAUACUCGACGAUGACAAUUAUUGGCAGACUUUAAUGGAAAUAAUACCAAAAGAAUUGAACAAUCAAACAUUUGGUAAUACUGCACAAGAUUUGGAGAAAAUUGCCUCAGGCUCAGCGUAUGAACGUAAAUAUAAUAAUGAUCAUAUACGCCUAAUAGAGAAUGCAAUACGUCGACCUGGCGAAUCACGUCUAUAUUCACAAAUUCUCUUCGACGAGUGGGGUUCGUCGGGACGUAAACAUGAACGACCCACAUUGGGUGUACUCUUGCAUUUGUUGGUACAAUCAAAACUCUAUCGAGCGGCGGAUUUUGUUGCAGAGCUUUUGAAUGAACCCAAACCACAACGACCUUCAAAUGGUCCUGCUGCAGAAUUUGAAUUUGAAAUAGAUGUUUUUAAUGAUAUUCAAGAGACAGUAAAUGAUACACGCUUUUAUCCCAAUACAGAAGAUUUAGAAGAAAAUGUAAAUAUUGAUAUUAAUAAAGACUAUUAUACGAAAUAUCAUAAAAUUGUUGAUAAAAAAAUACCAACUAUAAAUGAUAAUACUGAAGAGCCAAUAAUGACAGUGGCUCCAAAACCCCCACCAAGGUUAUUAAAAUCAGCGAGAUUAUUAAAACAGCAGCAGCUGCAGCAACAACAACAGCAGCAGCUAUCAAAUCAAUUACUACAACAAACUGCCAAUAAAAAUGAUAUAAACAACAAGAGCCCAAAUAAUAUACAAGAACAAGUACAACAACAAAUCCAACAAUUGAAUACACAUUCGAAUAAUGAAAGUGUGUCAGUUUUGUCUUCAGCCUCCACAAAUAAUAUGCCCAAACUGUCGGCACUAAUGAAUUCAACAAAUAGUAUAAUUACUACAACUACAACAACAAUGACAACAACGAACUACUCAUCGGAAGUGAGUGAAACCGUAUUGCCAAAAUUAUCUGCACUGAAUAAUAGUUCCGAAAGAAUAUCUCAACAUUAUGGCGAGGAGGACGAAGAUGAUAGUUUAAAUAGUACACCUUCACUAAUUUAUACCAAACCAAAUAUUGUACAAGACCAUGACCAUGAACAUUCAGAUAUGAAUAGCAUACCAAUAGUAGUAUUAAGUAAACCUUUAAAUAUUGACACUAAAAAAGAACAAGCACACAGCGAGAAUGAUGUUGAAAUAAACGAUGAUUUGCCAGCGAUAAGCGCUUUAAAUCUAAAUGGCGAAAGGGAUGAAGUUAUAAUACAACAAAAUCAGCUUCAACAGAGUAAUAAUUUCGAAAAUGUACCCUCAGUUGCUUUAAAUUAUACGGGUCAUCGUAGGGCCAGUUUUGAGGAGUGUGCCGUCCAUGAUGAAGAUUUAAAUAUACCUUGUUUGGUGGCCAAUAUGAACUUUAACGAAAAUCCCUCCAGACAUCAACUAGAGUCGAUAGAAGAAGACUACAAUGGCAUUGAACAUGAACAUGACAACGAAGGCGUCGUAGGAGAACUGGACGAAGAUGAAGAUUCCAUACCGAAUUUAAGUUUCUUAGAGAAUCGUAGCUCCAACAAUGAGUCCAGUUUAACUAGUGUCACGAAUACCAGUGGUGACAAUAGUUUCGAGCAAAGUGUCAACGAUUGUAGUUCAACUUCCACUGACAAUGUUCCAUUUUUAAGUGUAUUUAAUCAGUAAUUUAUUACAGCUAUAUACAUACGUAAAAUUUUACUACUAUACAUACAUACGAUUAUUUUAUUAUAUGUAUUUAUUUUUUUAAGUACAAAAUUUUAAAACAUUUUAAAUGUUUUAAGUUAAUUUAUUAUUUAAAAUUCAUCUUUAAGAUUUACUGACCUUCAAACAUAAAAUUUUUAGUUAUAUUUCUUUUUGUAAUUCAUUCCAUGACAUUUACUAUAUUUAAAAUUAUUUGUCAAACUCAACUUUAUCUAUUUUCCGUAUUUGUCAGAUUUGUAGGUUAUAGCUUGAAGCUUACGGUAAACAGUGUUAUUUGUAAAAAUUGUUAUUUCAAAAUUAUUUUAGAUACAAUGAUCAUUAUUCUCGAAACUAUAGCUCAACGUUUAGUUUAACAAAUAAAACUUUUAACAACAGAACUAUAAUUUGCAUAUCUGACAAACAUUUUAAUUACAUAACUAUAUGAAAUUGUUAAAAAAAAAAAAUAAAAAUCUACGUUUAAUUACAAUUUAAAAUCCUUGUAAACAUUUUUAAAAAUUCUUAAAAAGUCCAUUUUUUACUGAAGAAAUGCUCAAAAUCUAAACUAUACUCUAGAAAAUUUUUUGGACAUACUUAUUUGACACUACAUAUUUCAUUUAUGCUUUGUAUAUAAAGUGACUGGAUGUAAAAAAACCUAAUUUCUUCCAUAAAAGUUUUACUUUGAAAUAGGUUAUUAACAAAAAUGUAUGCCAAAAGCGCAAAAUAUACCUUUUAUACCCUUUACCUUGUCAUUCCUUUGUACAAUCCGCAAUAUAAUUUUGCAAUCAUAUAAAGUAUAAAUAUAUUCUGAAUCCUUAUAGUUAGCAAAGUCAAUUUAGCGAUGUCUGUUUUUCUGUCUGCCUUUUCAGAAGUUAGCUAUUGAAAAAUCAGCAAAAUCGGUACAUAAGUAGCAAAGAUAUGAGCAAGAUUCCGGAAAACCCCAUGAUUUUUUUUUUUUU